AUGAUUUCACAAUACGAUGCACCCGAUACAAAUAAUGUCCAAGAUUUAUUUGAUCUUGGAACUGAUUUUAAUGAUACACUUGAUCAUACUCAACAACAAUCGCAACAAACAUCUACACCAUCAACAUUAAUACAAACGACAGUACCAUCGUCAUCAAGUUCAAUUUUAAAUCACCAAUCAACAAAUAUAUAUCAACAACAAACACAACCUCGACUUACCUAUAUACAACAGACACGAGCACCGUUACCAUCAUAUCAGACACCGAAUUUACAGCGUAUUCAAACGAUGCCAGCAACAUCGACUAUUGUUCGACCGACUAAUGUUAUAUCGAAUGGUAUACAACAGCAGCCGACUAUUUAUACUCAGCAACAAAUGAUUAAUUCACCAGGUGGUCUUAAUCGGUCAUUAUAUCAACGUAUGCCAACCGCAACUCAACAAUUAAAUAUACCAUCGACACUGGUACGACAACAAUAUAAUACAACUGGCAUGGUUAAUAUGAAUCAAAAUGUACCACAAAUGAGUAUUGUUAAAGCAAGUGAUCCAAAUAAUAAUAAUGUAUUCGUUACAAAUUCUCAACAACAACAACAGUCAACAUUACUCGGUUUAACACAAACAGUGACACAAACACCAACAGUUCAAACGAAUAAAACCAUUACGACAGUUUUACCUUCAUUAGCAUCACAACAAUUAAAUCAGUUUCAAAAUCAACAACAACAAAAUACUGUUCAAUCGUAUAAUUCAACGCCUAUGCGAACACAAAUGAUGGAUCAAACACCAACAAAUUAUGUAGUAACUGUCCAACAACAACAACAACAAUCAACUCAACAAACAACAAAUAAUUCUCAACAGCAUACUGAAAUUCAACGAAAACAGUUUAUACAAAAACAACUCGUUCUUCUAUUACACGCACAUAAAUGUCAACAACGUGAAAAACAGACAGUUAAUGGUGAAACAACACAUCCAAGUACUUGUACAUUACCACAUUGUAGUACUAUGAAAAGUGUUCUACAACAUAUGACAAAAUGUAAUGAUCAUAAAACAUGUACUAUACCACAUUGUGUGACAUCUCGUCAAAUUAUUUUACAUUGGAAACAAUGUAAUAAUUCUCAAUGUCCAAUAUGUCAACCGCUUAAAACACCUUCGACAUUAGCAAAAUUAAAUCAAACAACGAAUUCAAAUUCAGCAAGUGUAUCAUCAACUAAUUCAAAUACAAACAUUUCAUUUACGUCGAAUGCCAAUGUGACAAACGAUCGUUCACUAAAUAAAGAUUGGCAAAGACGUGUCACAUCAGAAAUGCGAAAUCAUCUCGUACAAAAAAUCAUUACAGCACUUAUACCUAUAACUGAUACAGGUGCCGUACGUGAUAAACGUAUUAUUAAUUUAGCUAAUUAUGCACGUCGCGUCGAAAAUGAUACAUUUGAAGUAGCUAGUAAUCAAGAAGAAUAUUUUCAUAAGUUAGCUGAAAAAAUUUAUAAAAUUCAAAAAGAAUUAGAAGAUCGACGAGAGAAAAAACGCUUGCAAGAUAUGCAAUUAGCUGCACAAAUAUCUUCAACAACAGGACAAACAUCAUCUACAAAUGAUUAUAAUGGUAAAAUGCAUUCAACCAUGGAUACAAUGGCCGGUGAUAAUGGUCCACCAAAUCGUACAGCACCUAUGAGUGAUUAUGCAUCGUCCUUAUCGUCACCGUCAACGGGAAAUAUUCUUCAUCAACCAUUAACAACAGUAACAAAUUCAAAUCGAACAACUAUAAACGGAGCAUCAAAUACGACAGCAGGAACAUUUACAAUAACAAAUGUACCACCAAAUGAACAUUUAAAUUUUCUUAUUAAUCGCGAUAUAACAAUUUCUCAACAAGCGAAUGAUGUUGAUAUGUUAGAAACGACUAAUCAAAUUAAAACUGAAUUAAUAUCACCAAAACCAAAACCACAAUUACAAUCAUCGACAUAUGUCAUGGUUAAGAAAGAAGAACAAACUCUGCAUGAUAUAGUACAUUCAACAGUUACUAACAAACCAUCUGAAUCAACAACGAAUGAAGAUAUUAAACCAAAACUACCUCAAAUUGAUUCUACUAGUAAACAACUACCGAAACAUCCAGUACAAUUUGCAGCUGAAGACUUACGUUCACAUCUCGAACCAGUCAUACAUAAAAUGAUUGCCUGUGAAGAUUCUCAUCCAUUUCGUCAACCAGUUGAUCCAGUUGCACUUAAUAUACUUGAUUAUCCAACUAUUGUUAAACAUCCUAUGGACAUAGCAACGAUGCAUAAUAAAUUAUUGCAUGGCGAAUAUAAAAACCCACUACAGUUUUGUGAUGAUGCUUGGCUAAUGUUUAAUAAUGCUUGGCUUUAUAAUAAGAAAACUACACGUGUUUAUAAAAUGUGUACAAAAGUAAGUAUAGUUCUCAAAGACUAACUUUUGAUCUGCCCGGAAUGUUUUUUCACGAGUCCAACAGGGGGCGGGGGGGGGGGG